GGGGGUGGUAAAGCAGCUCUGGUAAGGGUGGUGCAUCGGUCACACUCUCUCACACACAUACUGUAUGCCCUGACACUCACACCACCCUGAUUUCCUUCUCUGUGGAAAGUUUUUACCUGAUCCAUCAGAAGUGCAGCAACAUGCAUGUGCGCGGAACACAUAGCCUAGUUACAGCGGAAUAUCAUCUGCAGACUGCAAGAGUGAGCAGCUCUCCACUGGUUUUGGCAUGGAGCAGCUCACAGAAGAACGACAUCGGUAGCCCGUUGUUAUCUCAGGUUCCCUCUAACUCUACCAUGUCCAACGAGCCGGAAACCCUGUCCAUCCUCAAACGUCUUACCCUGUUGUCCAUCUAUAGCCUGGUCCUGGUCAUUGGGGUCAUUGGGUUGGCCCUGAUGAUCCACAUCCUCCAAUCCAACAUGCGAUCAGUCAUCACCAUCGCUAUGCUCAACCUCACCCUGGCCCACUUCCUGUUCCUACUCACCGUACCCUUCAGGAUCUACUACUAUGCUGCUGGUUACUGGAUGUUGGGGGAGAUGCUGUGUAAGGUGGUCAGUGCCAUGAUCCACGUGCACAUGUACAUGGCUUUUGUUUUCUACGUGGUCAUCCUCGUCAUACGACUGCUGGGGUUCCAUAGCAAGAAGGAUCGCUACGAGUUCUACAGGAAGUUGCAUGCUUUUGGCGCCAGUGUGGCAGUGUGGACAGUGAUGUUUAUGGUCAUCCCCCCCAUCCUUUAUUACAAAUACGGCAAGGACGUCCACGAUAACACCACCAACAACAAGACAAACACAAUGUCCGACAAUAACUCCCACUGUUUCCAGUUCGGCAACCACCUGGAAAAACACACUGUUGCCAGGGUGCUGAACUACAUCAUGAGCUCUGUGAUCAUCAUUGUGGCCUGUGUGCUGACGGCACUGCAGUGUCAUGUCAUGAUCCUUCUGACAAGGAAGUAUGGGCGAGACUGCAUGUCUCACCAGGAGUUCUGGGCUCAGCUGAAGAGCCUGUGUUUUGCUUUGGUGCUGCUGGUGUGUUUUGUCCCCUAUCACAUGUUCAGGAUGUACUACCUGGGACACCUUGACCUGCAGAACAUUAACGAGGUAUUCCUCAGUCUCACGGCUUUCAGCUGUUUCGACAUGCUUACCUUCCUAGGGAGGGGACACUGCUAUAUGUGUAACAGAGCACGGACUGUGUGACCUCUUCUCACACAAACUCAGAGCCGAAACCUUUUUAAACAGUACUUUAGCGCCAUCUGCUGCUUAUUCAUAUAGCUACACAAGAGAGUAUGUCUACUAUAGACUUCACUAUAAUUUAUUUAUAAUCUUAUUGGAAUUUAAAAUAACUUGUGCCAAUGAUGUUUCUCUCUAUAUGGCGAUUUCACUGUUUGCUCAAACUAUUUGUAAGGGUGAGAUCUGGCUACAUGGUCCACAUAUUGUAAUAAAUAAAUGCAUUGCUAAA